AUGGCACUUUCAUAUUCUUCAAACAAACUUCUCCUCUUUUCACUCUUCUGCUUCAUAUCCAUCGUCGGAUUCAAUCUCAAAGCCGUCAUCGCCUAUUCCAACACGGCCAAUCCUUCGGCAACCUGCAAUACGAAUCUCAGAACCAUUCUUCCUCCACCAUAUUCUGAUCUCUCCAGCCUAUCUUGCUCCCACAUUUGGCAACAGAAGUUUUCCUUCAGUUUUUACCAGGACGGUCAGAACGUGACGACGAUCGUUUUAUCAGGGAAGAAUAAUCACCAAUGGAUUGGAAUUGGAUUCUCUCGAAAUGGGAGUAUGGUGGGAUCGAGCGCUAUGGUGGCGUGGGUGGAACCAAAUGGCGUCUCUGGAAUAAGGCAAUACCAUUUAGAAGGCAAAAACAUGUCUAAAGUCAUACCUGACAAAGGCGAUUUGAAAUUCACCACUGCAAGACCUGUAGUUGUUGCUCAUGGAGAUUUACUCUACAUCGCUUUCCAGCUCCAAUUCGCCGCUUCCCUGGCUUUCCAACCCAUUUUAUUGGCAAUCGGCUCUGCAAAUCCCUACAAAAAUGGCUCCCUCCCAAAACAUAUCAACAGCACUACCACCUUCAUCGAGUUCUCCUCAGGUCACCAUCUAACAUCCCAUCCAAUGAGCCCCGACGAUCUGAGAAAAUACCAUGGAGUCACGGCGGUAAUCGGUUGGGGCACUGUGACACCGGCGGGGUUGUUAGUCGCUAGAUACUUUCGACACUUGGAACCGUCGUGGUACUACAUUCAUUCUUCGGUACAGUUCGUUGGAUUCUUCAUUGGAAUUGUAUCUAUCUCUAUAGGACGCACUUUGUACCAAAAACUCGGCGCCGUCUUCGUAGCACACAAAUUCUUGGGCUACACUGUGUUUUGCCUUGCAGGUCUCGAGGUAUGUCAGUUCAUUGGAAGGCCAUCAAGUGACUCUAAACGCCGACAGUAUUGGAACUUUGCUCACUAUUGGGUGGGGAGAAUUGCAAUGGUAUUGGGACUUUUGAACAUUUUCGUCGGAUUCCAUGGAGUUGUCGCCCAUGAUCGGUUGAUGAGGAUAGGGUUUGGAAUUUUGUUUGUAGCUCUGUUGACGACAAUGAUCUUUCUCGAAGUUCGAAGGCGAAGAGAAAACCUAAUACCGGAAACCAUGAUUGAUCAACCGCCGGUGUUUCAAGUGAUCGAUAAAUCGUUAACGACUGGACAUAGAAAAAGCGUUUCUUGAAGGUGAAUAGCAAAGAUGGAUUUUGGAUAAUUUAUAUAUAUAGAAACACUAUAUAUUGUUAAUACUUUGUAGUUUAUGUAUAUAUAAAAUGUGAAGUGACUUUGGUUGUCCAAAAUGUGUGUGAAUUCAACGUAGCAAAUGGUAGAAGGUUCGAUUUUUAAAUUUUGUAAUACUUUUUUGUUCUAUCUAAUCAAAUAAUUCACAACCACAAA